CCAAAAACAUUAAAAAGAAAACAUCCCCCUGGGCAGCGAGUGCGCGGGAAGUUGAGCGCGCGAGUUCCGGGCUUUCCGCCCGCCCCCCCGCCGGCCGCAGCCCGGGUGAGCCCCCAGCCCCUGCCCGGCCGCCGCCCACCGGGCCGCGGCCGUCCGUCCGUCGGUCUGUCCUCUUCCCCACCCCCAACCUGCCCAGGGCGCAGCGCGGGGUCUGCAGGGAGGAGAGCGGCCGGGGUUGGUCAGGGCACGCGGAGCCCCCGGCGGCGCCCGGCCAGCGGCGCCUGCACGACCCGGUCCCGGGCGGUUCGGGGCUCCGGGGCCCCGCGCCCGCCGCCCGCGCGCCGCGUCCCGGGCCGCCGCCUCAGACGCCACUUGUGGAAUUCUUUCCCCCGGCGGCUGUAACUUUAAACCGGCCUGAGCGAGGCCUAUCUUUAUUCAGAAACCAGCGACCGGAGAAUGGCUGUGGAGAACGCUGAGAUGGAGGGCCAGCCCGCCACUUGAAGAUUCCUCACCAAGUGGCUGGGAAGGACGGCUUGACCUAGGAAUCUUUCUUUGACAUUUCAAGGUUCUGUCGCCCCCUCCCAGGGUUGGCCGGACUGGUUGGGGCUUUUGACUGAGGUUGCUGCCCGAGCCUGGGGAGCUGUACGUGAAUGAACCGCAUCGCCUGGCCUCAGAGCGUUGACUCUGAGGCCACCACGCAUGAGCCCGGGCCACCCUUCUGCAGAAGUCACUCCAGGAGCUCCUUAGGGACCGGCUUGUGGCGGUGAGGAGCCAGGAGAUGCAUGUAGCAGCCAAGUACCGCCAGGCCUCCCUGUACGUGGGUGACCUCCACGCGGACGUCACCGAGGACCUGCUGUUCAAGAAGUUCAGCGCUGUGGGGCCCGUGCUGUCCAUCCGCAUCUGCAGGGACCUGGUCACCCGCCGCUCUCUGGGCUAUGCCUACGUGAACUUUCUGCAGCUGGCGGAUGCCCAGAAGGCCCUGGACACCAUGAACUUUGACCCGAUAAAGGGCAAAUCCAUCCGUCUCAUGUGGUCUCAGCGUGACGCCUACUUGAGGAAAUCUGGAAUUGGGAACGUGUUCAUCAAGAAUCUGGACAAAUCCAUUGAUAACAAAACCCUUUAUGAACACUUUUCGUCUUUUGGGAAGAUCCUGUCCUCCAAGGUGAUGAGUGAUGAUCACGGCUCCAGGGGCUAUGCGUUCGUGCACUUUCAGAACCAGAUUGCCGCCGACAGGGCCAUCCAAGAGAUGAAUGGGGCACUGCUUAAGGACUGCAGGCUGUUUGUUGGCAGAUUCAAGAGCCGCAAAGAUCGGGAAGCCGAGCUCCAAAACAAAGCCAGUGAGUUCACCAAUGUUUACAUCAAAAACUUCGGAGAUGACAUGGAUGAUGAGAGACUGAGGGAAGUUUUCAGCAAAUAUGGAAAAACCCUGAGUGUUAAGGUGAUGACAGAUUCCAGUGGGAAAUCCAAAGGCUUUGGCUUUGUGAGUUUUGAUAGCCACGGGGCUGCCAAAAAGGCUGUUGAAGAAAUGAAUGGAAAGGACAUAAAUGGACAACUGCUUUUUGUAGGCCGGGCACAAAAGAAAGCAGAGCGACAGGCUGAGUUAAAGCAAAUGUUUGAGCAGCUGAAACAGGAAAGAUUUCGGCGGUGCCGGGGAGCAAAGCUCUAUAUUAAGAACCUGGAUGAGACCAUUGAUGAUGAAAAGCUACGAAGGGAAUUUUCUUCAUUUGGAUCAAUUAGCAGAGUUAAGGUAAUGCAGGAAGAAGGGCGAAGCAAAGGGUUUGGCUUGAUCUGCUUCUCCUCUCCUGAGGAGGCCACUAAAGCAAUGACUGAGAUGAAUGGCCGCAUCUUGGGCUCCAAGCCGCUCAACAUCGCCCUGGCCCAGAGGCCCUAGGAGAGGAAAACUUAAUGCACCAGCCAGUGUUUGUAGCAGCUUGGGGGAUGUUAGUGAUCUCUGCCUGAAUCGUCCUCAGUAAAUUUCAAAUCCCAGCUGAUGGCUGCUUAGUUUAGUAAACAUUAUGAUAGAAGGUUUUGUAUACAAAGCUAUUUAUUUUUCUUUGGAGGAAAAAUAAGUGAAUCUUAGAACCUUGGUUCUUUUUAUAGAGGCACACCAUCUAAUUAUAAUAUGGUAUAUUUUUCUGAUUUUGUUGUAGUGCUCAUAGCAGUAAGUAUAAUUAGAUACAUUUUUACUGCAUUUUGAAUGAACUGAAGUGUGGUAAUUAUUUGCAUUUAUUGCAUACUUUUUCUUAUUUUAAUAAUAUUGCUAGCUUUAAUUUCUUCCGUGAAAAUAUGCCCAAAGUAGUUCUUAUACCCGAGGAUUGCAAAGUAAUUUAUUUUUACAAACAGAAAUUUUCUAAUUUCUCAUCAAUUUUUUUUUAAAGAAACCAAAGUUUAAGAAUUGCUACUACAAACUCAAUAUCUAAUUUCAUUUUGAAUUAAUGUUUAAAAUACUAGGAAAUAGUUGAAUUUCCUUUCAAUUUAUAUCCUGAAAUGGUGUUUUUCUGAUGGCUGAAAUUAAUGAUGGAGUUUUUUAAUGUUGCCUACAAAUGUGCUUUAUAGGAAAUUUUACCGUUCUUUCCAUUGGUUGACAUAAUCCAGGUGCUUGCUGGUUAUCAAAAUUGUGACUUGAAUAGUAAAACCUUAACUUCCACAUUCCUUAAGUUAUAAGCCUGUAUCAUUUCAGGUCAAAAAGUUGGCCUAGUCUUAAUUCUCUUCAUACGUAUACGGCAUAAAAUUAUGCCUUAAGUUUUGAACCAGGUACCAACAUUAUAAAAGUCAUAUAUAGAAAACAUAGACAUUCUGUUUAACAACUGUGUUUUCUAAUCUCUGUUAUAUGUUGUAACAUGUAGUGAUAUUGUCUCAGGGUUCAGAACAGUGAGUUUAUGUUUAUGAACUCCAUGUCUCCUUUUAUUAGACCUUAAGAGCUAUGUAACCCAAGAAGGCUCACUUUUAGCCUUGAUUGAUCAGAAGUUCACUAAUUGAUUUUCUGAUAAACUGAAGUUACAUCACUUAGCCUGCUUUCCAGCAUGAUUUUUAUUUCAGUCCCAUUCCCAGAUCUUUUCUUCUCUCCUGCUUUUCCUCUAUAUUACUCAGCUCCUCUAUACUUUUUAAAAAGGGUUUUAUUAUACUGACUUUUACUGUGUGCUGUUUGAAAUCCACUUUGGAAAUGGAUGCAAGAGUUAUUUAUUUACAUUUAAGUAAUUACUUUUAAAAUUCUGAUUCUCUCAUACCAAAGGUGUCUAGAAAAUAGUUUUGUUGUUGUUGUUUUAUUUUUUUUUUACUCUGCUUCGUUGUUUCCUGUAACCAUAUAUUCAAGUCUUCAGUUUCAUAUAUUACCAGUACAAAAGAAAUAUUACAAUAUUUCCGUGGCAAUACUUUAGCUAUGAAAGAAUGAGAAAAUCUGUUUCUGUUUAUUUUUGUAUGAACUACAUGUAUAUUCAUUGCACAUUUUCUAAAUUUAAAAUCUCUUUAGACAAUGAAAAAUUAUGGACAAUGAAAAAAUUACGGCAACACAUAAUCCUAUUAUGCAGACAGAUCUUCUGUUACAGUUUCUUGCAUCUCCUCCCAAAUUUUUCUCUAUACUUAUACACAUGAUUUAACAAAAAUGGAAUCAUGCUCUAAACCUUGUUUGAAACUGCUUUCUUAAUUUGACAGUACACCAUAGUCAACGUCCAUGACCACAAAUAAUUAUUUGCACUAUAAUUUUAAUGGCUUUUAUCUUUCCUUUAAUGUUUGUACCAUAAUAUAACAAUUUCCUCUUGAUAAACAUAUACGUUGCUAGAUUGUUUCCUCCCUUUUUUUUUUCUCUAUCAUAAACAACUUGGAGAUACACCCUUUACAAACUCUUAUAUGCUGAUGUAUAUAAUUAUUUUCUUCAGAAAAUGUAUGAUUCAUUGGAAUUAAUGUUUAAUAUUUAAAUUGCCCAAAUGCUGUUCAGAGAUUUGUGCCACUUAACAUUUCUGAGUAUGGAGGAUGGCUCAUUUCCAUAUACUCUAAGAACAAAGGAUUUUGUUUAAGUUGUUAUCUGAUUCAACAUGACAUGUAAAAACAAAAUAUUUCAUGGUUAUUUAUUUUACUUUUUUAUUACCUCAAAAGUUAAACAGCAUUUCUUGUAUUUACUGGACAUUUGUAUUUUCAUAUUUUUGAAAAUGAUCUUAGUCUAUUUUCAUGACUUUAGUCUGUUUUCCUGUUGGGGUGGUUUUUAUUUAUAUGGAUUUGUUAGUUUUGGUUUUUUUUUUUUUUUUUCCCUGAUAUUCCCAUCUUAUUUAUAGUUUUGAGGGUCAUUCCAAAGUUAAAUUUCUAAAUUCAAAAUUUGCAAUCUUAUACUUUGGUGGCUUUAAUGGUAUGUUUCAAAACACUUUGAACACCUCAAAUAUACAACCCCCCCAUACACACACACAAUUCAUCUGUAUUGUCUUCUAUUAUUUUCAGAGUUUCAUAUUCUCAGUACUUUCUAAACAAAACUUUUGUGUAUACAGUAUCUUAUACACAGCCUAUACUAAAUAUUUUUAAAGUGUCUUGCUUUUCAAUUCUAUUAACAUGCCUUGGUAAAUACUGAUUUACUGUAAGAGUCUAUUUGAAAUCCAUAUGUCAACUAUAACUCAUUGGCUCUCUGAAUUACUAUGUUGAGAAGUAUUUACCUCCAAAUCAGAGAGCUUUUAAGAAAGGGUGCCAGGAAACAGGACUGGGAAGUGUAGUAGGUGUGUCAAGCCUUGACAUCUCUUUCUGGAUAAUCCACUCCAUCAAAAUGUUCAAAUAUUUGAACAAUAUUUCACAAUGCUUGUAAAUGGAUUAUCAAGAUAAUAUCAGGGAACUGAGUUCAUCAUUCUCUUUGCACAUGCACGGGGAUUUAAUGGACAUAAUACCAGAUGUUUAGAUAAAUUGUAGCUAUAGCUUCAUAAUGACACAAUAAUAUGCCAUUUUAGUAAAAAUUACUUAUUUUUAAUAUUUACCUUAAGAAAUGACUGUCAGUUUACAAAAAGAUAUGAUCCUGUAGAUUUUCUUGAUUAUUUAAAUUUUACUUAUUCUAAAUUUUGUAUGUGUGUGAUUCUAUCAAGUCAUCCUAGUUGGCAGUAGAGGUUCAGGCAUUCACGAAACUUUACUCUUUUUAUGUUCAAGUGCCUUGAUAAAUAAAAAGAAUCUUCACUUUCUGAUAAGCAUUCCAGUAAAAGCUAAUUUACAUAGAGAUGUCUUGAGUCACUGCUUCUGCUCUGCCUUCUCUCUCCCCACACACAUUGCCUGCUUGCAUGUGCAGCCAAUUGAAUAGAAACGUGCCUUUUAAAUUUUUAUUUUUAUAUUUUUAAAUGGAAAUUUAUACUUGGUAAAAAUAAGCUUUUUAAAGUGGUUUUAGUAUUGGUAUUUUCAUGUUCUUAAUAUUUGUAUAAAUCCACUGAGAAACGAUCAAAUAAAGUCGAAAUCUUUCAAUGGUGUCCAGAAUUUUCAUGUCCAAAAAUGAUUUUUACUUAUUUACUUUUUAAGUUUUUCUAAUUUUCUAGCAGUCGGUUUCUCGUAGGAGUAAAUUGAAAACAACUUGCGUUUUUAAAUGAAGAUCCUCAUAUUUCAUGUUUUAAAAGACCAAGUCCCAUAUGAACUAGUAUUUCUUUUUUAAGUUACUCAUAAUUAUGGGACCAUGAUUGAAAAGAACCUCUAAUACAGACCAAGUUUUCAUGAGAAAUAAUUCACUACAUUAAAGAUACUUUUGAAUUUAAUUUUUAAAGUAAAAUUUAGCCACUAUUUUGAGGUUUUAGAAUUAGCUUACUUGUAUUAUAUUUGGAAAAUGUGCCUCAUAAUGUAAUUAUUUUAAGUAAAUAAUAAAACAGUAGAUAGAAAAGAGAAGUUUUAAAUAUACAUUUUAGAAAGUAGAACAAAUUAAAUAUCCUCAGCAUAUCUUUGGCUUCAAGGAAUAGAAAAUCCACCUUACCUAGAAAAGGAAGCUGUAUUUAACAAAAUAUUCAGAAUUAAGGUAUCUUCAGGCAAGGUAUAUCAGAACUUCUACAUCAGUUCUGCUGGAGUCUCGUGGCUCUUCACCCUCUGUGUCUUAGCUUCAUCAUCAGGGAAUUCCUGUCAUCGCACUGAGACACAGCAGCAUUCAGAAGGUAAUACCUUUUAACAACUUUCCCCCUCAGUUCUCAUUGUCCAUUACUGAUAUGUAUAUUCAACAAGAUCUGCCACUAGAAUUGAGAAAGGAGUCAACUUUUUGUGCAGAAUGGGCUUAUGGUUGGAAGGAACUUGAGUAGGAAUGGGUGUAGGAGUAUGCAUCCACUAAACCCUGGAUAUUUUUCAUCAUUUGUAUCUAAUUUUUAAUUUCAGUACUUAAUGGAUAUUUUCUUUCUUCUUUUAAUGUUAGCUUACAAAUAGCUCUUAAAAUUCCUCCCUACAAAUCAUUUUCAACACUUGAGUCAAACUGGUGAUUUUCCUCUCCCUCAGGUUGUACAAUCAUACGGAAUAAAUUGUGCAAUAUAUUCUGUAUAAAAUUGAAUUCAUUUUUGUUUAGUAAUGGGAUUUGUGAUUUUACAUAUCAUGCUUUAUUAGGUAUAAAUUAGGCAUCUCCUGAAAAUUCUGCUGAAAUGGGCAGAUUCAAUUUAGUCACCCCAAUGGGCUUCCACCAAAAAUAAUUAUCAACAGAUUACAAAUGAUCAAGUAUGUUUCAAAAUAAAUCUAUAUUUAAUAAGGUAUUAGUUCCUUGAGUUCUAUUUUAAAGUAAUCUAAACCAAGUAUGUUUUCACGCAUGUUAGAUAAUAUUUUAGAAUCGUACCACUAGAGGGAAGGAAUUUACUAUGUAUAUCACCAACUAGUGUGAUAUUCUGUAUAAAGAAUUUUUUAAAAAUAAUUCCUACUGACAUUGUAACAGAUAAAUUAUAAGAAAACAUCUAAAAAUUUAGGUGCCUACAAAAUGGCCCCAUUAUAUAAAACUAAUGUAACCACAAACAUAAAUUAAUGGGUACUCAUUUUCUUUACUAAAGGAUUUAUAUUAGGUCCUUUAGUGCAUUAAAAUUGUAAGAAUUAAUAAAAUUGGACUUAUCCAAACUUUUCAAUUUAUUUUUUUCUGUAUUACACAAAUGUGGUAUAACCAUCAUAUAUUUUAACCAUCCAACAUAAACAAAGGAACAAAAAACAGAUGUACUAAAUUCCAAGUUACAAAUAUGCUCAUAUUUGAAUCUGUUAGGGUCUGAUUAUUUUGCAAGUUUGUUCAGAGGAAAUAUUUAUAGCUACUGUUGUUUUUGUCUCAUGGUCAUGUCUUGUCUUAGAGUUCACAGAAUGCUUUGAACUAUAUUGAGGUUCCCCUGAAUGACACAGUUGAACCCAUCAAGCUAGAGAAGAAAAAUGAUCUUCUUCGUAGCAUUCUUUGCCAUAGUAGGGAAGACACUUAACUUCUGAAAGAUAUUGGCAGUUUAUACAAUAUCACAUCAGAAUUUGUUAACCCAUCUAUAUUUACAUCACCUUAGAUAUUAAAAAUAUCCCCAGUUUGAAGUUCUGCCAAAUACUAACAGCACAUUUGAGUUCCAAAG